GACUGAACUCCACUUUGCCCUCAUAGACAUGAACUAGGACGACCCAUCUUGCUACGCAUUAAUUAUCUUUGAUCAUACUAUGGCGUCUCAACAACAGCCUGGUGUUCCUCCUCAGGCUGCAGGUCUUCAGCAACAGCUUAGUCAACAACAAGACUUUGAUCCUGUUCACCGUUUUAAGAUGUUAAUACCACAGCUAAAGGAGAGUCUUCAGAAUGUCAUGACCAUUGCCUCUUUGAACUUCCAACACAACACAGCAAUUGACAAUGGAAUCAAAAGCAAUGAUGCAGCAGUACAGCGUUUUGAUAAGAGUCUUGAGGAGUUCUAUGCUUUAUGUGACCAGGUGGAACUCUGCUUGCGGCUGGCCCAUGAGUGCCUCUCUCAGAGCAUUGACAGCGCCAAACACUCGCCCAACUUGGUCCCCACAGCCACCAAACCAGACACAGUGCAGACAGAAUCUUUGUCAUAUACCCAGUACCUCAGUAUGAUCAAAUCACAGAUAUCCUGUGCAAAGGACAUCCAUAAUGCUUUGCUGGAGUGCUCAAAGAAGAUUUUGUCUAAGAACCAGCAACAGGGGAUCAUGUGAUUAUGGACAUGUAUAAAAUGUGUUUGUUUUGUCAUAAAUGUUUAUUUACAUUGAUCUUUUUUUAGUAAUAAAACACAGAUACAGUUGUGCCUACUGUACUCUU